CGUCGUCACCUGCUCACCCCGAGCAGAAGCACGCCAUUCAGUCAUCUCAACAGUUAUCGAAAUGUCUGAAUACCGCGGGCGGGGCGGGUUUCGCGGCGGCGCCAGGUGGGGUGGCCGGGGCAGCCGAGAUGGACCGGCGUCAGCGACAGGUGCUAACCACACGCCCCUUGUUUCGCGUGUUCGGCCUGCCCCAGUCGCGGUACCAGCAGCCCUCGACAGCGACAGGGAAGAAGGAGAGGCUGAAGGGGAACCAGGGAUGAUUGAAGGGCCGCGAGGGAUGCGCAAGUGGGGCUCCAGUGGCGGAUGGGGUGAUCGGGCGCGAGAACGAGACAGCGAUCGAGAAGGUGAUCGGGAUCGAGGCUACUCGUCAGGCUUUCAAGAGGCGCACAGCAGGCUAUUAAACGAGCGCGGCGCAUUUGAUGAUCGGAAUAAGCGGCCACGAUUGGACAGCAGUGCCGCUUCUCCAGCUUGGCCGCACCGCCCUCGCCAGUCGUACGAUAGCGCGGUGCAGCAGCCUCUUCAACCGGACAAUCCUUACGCAACACCCAGCGGCAACUCAGGACUUUCCAUCCCUACUGGACCCAGAUCGAGCUUCCACGGGCCAGCGAUGCGCGGAAACUGGGGUUCACCAGCAGGAACUAGGGGUGGACGUGGGGGAUUCGGCGGUGGCGGGCCUGGAAGAGGUGGCGGCUUUUCAGGAGGCUGGCGAAGCGGAUCUUCUACACCAGGAUCUGCUGGUUAUGGCGGCAUGGAAGAACCCCCUGCUCGCAGCCUCGCUCGCAAAUACGAGGAACCUCGCUCCCCUACUGUUCCAGCAGGACUAAGGGCAAGAACAGGGUCGGUGUCAGCUGCCACUUUUGAUACCGCGUCAGACCCGCCCGCUAUGGGCAGCCCAUUUGGCGAAGCUAGGCCAGCAGCUCUACCUAGUCACAACUUGUCAAUGAUGGAGCCGUCCGACUCGCCUUCCAAACUGCCUCCGGGUGCCCCUCCGGUGCGCCCAGCCGUUGCAAGGCGCCUUUCUGCGACGAUUCCAAUCCACGAGGCGACGAGUGGAGAACAUCAACCAUCAGUCCCCUCCGGUACUUCAAUUGGAGCCUCAUCAGUUUCUUGCACUCCAUCAGGCCCCCCGGUACAGCCUGCAUCAACAGUCACCUACGAGCCGUUGCAAUUUGCGUAUGCACUCAAUCCUUCACUCGAAGCUCAGAUCUAUCGCCUCGCACACAAACGACUCGCAUCGCUGCGCGAGAUCACAUGCAGCAAGAAGCGCAGCGAGCUUAACGCCGCGCUAUAUUCACUGAAAGACAUUGAGACGGAGUUGCAGGCUGCCAGAGAGAGGACUAAAGCGACGGAUAUGCAACUGCAGAAUGCAAGCGAGAGUGCAGACGUUUUCGCACUUGAAGCAAACAAGCGAGAAGCGGAAGCGGCGACUUGGAGCACGCAGAUGAUGCGCUCAAUAUGAUGCGUUUUGUAUAAUAACAGCGAAGCAAGCAAGACACGACAUGGCACAUUGUAGCAUAAGACUUGUCACACCCUAUCAUCCUCAC